AUGACCAGCAGCGAUUGCUUGGUACCGACUGAACUGGGAGUCCCUCAAAGCGUGAAUGUCAACAUAAGCAGGAUCGGCACAAGCCAGGCUGCUCGAGAAGUUCCCGAUGCCAGCAAGCGAUCGACCUCUCCGUGGGACUACAGCAUCAACGAAGAUCCCAACAGGAUCCCCCCCAUGAUCUCUGAGGCCAAAUGCCGCCAUUCUGGCUGCGUGGAUGCCUUGGGACGGGAGAACCACAGUAUGAGCUCCGUCCCCAUUCUACAGGAGAUCCUGGUCCUCCGGCGUCAGCACAGAGGCUGCAAGCAAACCUACUGGCUGGAGAAACAAUGGAUCACUGUUGGCUGCACAUGCGCCAGGCCACGGUCCACCCCUCUGUAA